CUUUUUUUCAUCUGACAAUAUCACCAUGGUCAAUUUGCGCAUCCAAAAACGUUUGGCCGCUUCCGUUCUUAAGUGUGGUCAACGCAAGAUCUGGCUCGAUCCCAAUGAAGUUAACGAAAUCUCCAACGCCAACUCCCGUGCUAACAUUCGUAAGUUGGUGAAGGAUGGUUUGGUUAUUCGCAAGCCUGAAAUUGGUGUCUCUCGAUUCCGUGUCCGUGAACGUCAUGCUGCCAAGCGCCUCGGUCGUCACAUGGGUCAUGGUAAGCGCAAGGGUACUGCUAAUGCUCGUAUGUCUCGUCAAGUCCUCUGGAUGCGUCGUAUGCGUGUUCUCCGUCGUCUCCUUCGCAAGUACAGAGAAGCUGGUAAGAUUGACAAGCACUUGUACCACAACCUCUACCUUCGCAGCAAGGGUAACUGUUUCAAGAACAAACGUGUAUUGAUGGAAUUCAUUCACAAGGCCAAGGCUGAACAAAUCCGUACCAAGAACCUCUCCGAACAAGCUGCCGCUCUUCGUGCUAAGAACAAGGCUAUGCGUGAACGUAGAAAGCAACGUAACGAAGAAAAGGCUGGCCAACAAUAAAUUAGUUCUCUCUAGUUUAGUUAGUUUUUUAUUUUUCACCCAAACUUCUUCGGAUUAUUUGUUUUUUUUUUUUUUUU